UUGUGUGUUCUUGACUUGCCAAUUAGUGCUAGUUUGUUGCGGGCACGAGUGCCAUGUGAGGCGCCGUGGCAGAAUGCACGAUUCUUAUGAACCCCACAAUUCGACCGUCGGUGGUUGAUCAUUAAAUGCUCAAAGUUGCGGACGGAUUUGCAGAUUAAGAAAACACCUGCGUGCGUCUUCAAAUUCCAUCUCGAAUCGAUUCAAUGUGGUUAUUAAGAAGAAAAGGACCCUCUGGAUUUUCGUCCUCUUCCACUGCUGAGGAGGUUACAGACGGAAUCGAUGGCACUGGUCUCACCGCCAUUGUUACAGGAGCAUCGAGCGGUAUUGGCUCUGAAACUGCGCGUGUUCUUGCCUUACGUGGAGUUCACGUUGUUAUGGGUGUUAGGAAUUUAGAAGCUGGUAGAAAUGUCAAAGAAACCAUUGUCAAUGAGAAUCCUUCUGCAAAAAUUGAUACCAUGGAGUUGGAUCUUAGCUCCAUGGCGUCUGUAAGAAAAUUUGCCUCAGAUUAUCAGUCGUCCGGGUUUCCACUUAACAUCCUCAUUAAUAAUGCAGGAAUAAUGGCUACCCCUUUUGGACUUUCAAAAGAUAACAUAGAACAGCAAUUUGCAACAAACCACGUAGGCCAUUUCCUUUUGACGGAUCUACUUUUGGAAAAUAUGAAGAAAACUGCUGUUGAAAGUGAGAAAGAAGGUAGAAUUGUAAACGUUUCCUCAGAAGCUCAUCGUUACACAUAUCCUGAAGGCAUCCAAUUCGAUGGAAUUAACGAUGAAUCAAGGUACAAUAAAAUGCAGGCUUAUGGCCAAUCGAAGUUAUCUAAUAUUCUGCAUGCCAAUGAACUUACGCGACAUUUCAAGGAAGAAGGAGUAAACAUAACUGCAAACUCGCUUCACCCGGGGAUAAUCACCACAAAUCUCUUCCGCCACUUCAAUUAUGGCAAUGGUCUAGCAAACACCGUCGGCAAACUCAUAUUUAAAAAUGUUCAACAGGGUGCAGCAACAACCUGCUAUGUGGCAUUGCAUCCACAAGUAAAGGGAGUGAGUGGUGAAUAUUUUAUGAACAGUAACCUACAUAAGCCAACCCAACAUGGCCAGGAUGUUGAUCUCGCUAAGAAACUUUGGGAUUUUACGACUAACUUAAUCAAAUAAUCCGAUUCUCAUUUUUCGUCUGAAGUGUGGAACUUGAACCUGGUCUAAAGAAAUGUAAUAGUUAGGUUGUGUUGUACGUGUUUGUGGAGUAUUACAUUACAAAUAGAAAUGGUGUCCUAAAAAAAAAUAAGGUAUUAAAGAUUCAACCAUUCUAGUUGGUUUUGGAUUGGUAAUGCAUAUGUAUUCGUGCAUUGUGGAAAGUUGUUAGAAAUUACCAUUUCUCUAUUAUAUUAUGAUAGACUUUUAUCA